AUGGCAAUUGUACCGGUUAAAGUCCGGCUGAGAUAUGGUAUCAAGGCUGUACCAACGUACGCAUUCAUGGAUCCUGGAAGCACGGUUUCCUUCUGUAGUGAGAGUCUAGCCCGGCAGUUGGGAGCAAAUGGUCCAUGUAAGUCCAUUACAUUGGACACCAUGGGUAAGCCCUACUCCAUGAAGACGUAUCUCAUCGACGGGCUGAAGGUCAGCGACUUAGACAUGACGAACGAGAUUGAUCUUCCAGUCAUGUAUACCAAAGACACAAUACCAGUUUCCCAGCACCAUAUUCCAAAGACUGAUGACAUCUCCAGGUGGGACCAUCUUAAAGACAUCAGCUUGCCUGAAAUAGAUGCAGACAUUGGACUCCUGAUUGGUAACAAUGUGGCAGAUGCCUACACCCCGUUUGAUCUGAAAACUGGUCCAGCGGGUAGCCCUCAUGCUGCAAGAACUAUGCUCGGUUGGGUGGUUUGGAAGGUGAUGAGAGACGCUGAAGAAGUACAGAGUGACAUAAGUUGUAGUUUCUCUGUAAACAAGGCUGAGGUCACAGCAGUAGCAGAGGUAGAUCAGCUCAAGCAUCUGGAUAGAUUAGUUAGAGAGACCAUCAACAUGGAUUUCCCCGAGAGGCUCAUUGACGACAAGAAAGAGCAUUCUCAAGAAGACAUCAUAUUCUUGGCGUCGGUGAACAAGUCUAUCACUCACAGAGAUGGUCACUACUGUAUUGGUCUACCUUUCAAAGCAGAAGAUGUAAAGCUACCUGACAACAAGUCAAUGGCAUUGAAGCGCCUUGAUAGUCUGAAACACAAACUACAGAGAAACAGUGAAUUCGGCAGUGACUACAAAGAGUUCAUGUUCAAGAUUAUGAGUGAAGGCUACGCCGAAAAGGUCCCACAAGAAGACCUACAUCGGGCAGACGGCAGGAUGUGGUAUAUUCCGCAUCAUGCAGUUUAUCAUCCCCGCAAGCCCGAUAAGAUUAGAGUAGUCUUCGAUUGUGCGGCUACAUACCUGGGUUCAUCUUUGAACAACGUCUUACUCCAAGGACCAGAUCUCACAAACAGUCUGAUGGGUGUACUCCUGAGAUUCCGUCAAGAGGGGAUAGCUAUAAUGGGAGACAUAGCCACAAUGUUUUUCCAAGUAAGAGUUCCCAGUGAAGACCUUGACUGCCUCCGAUUCUUCUGGUGGCCAAAUGCCAAUCUCAAAGAGCAGCCGGUUGCCUAUCGUCUGAAAGUCCACCCAUUCGGAGCAGUGUCGUCACCGAGUUGCUCAAGCUUUGCUCUUAAGCAAACUGUUGAGGAUAAUGUUGGUGACUACGGAGAGGCUUCAUGUGACAUAGUGAAGAGAAGUUUCUAUGUAGACGACUGUCUUGUCUCGGUUGGUACAGAACAAGAAGCUGCUCAUUUGAUCCAGAGUACCACAGCCCUGUGCAAACAAGGUGGCUUUCAUCUGACAAAAUGGGUGUCAAAUAGCCAUGAGGUUCUUCAGACGGUGCCAAUAGAGGAACGGGCAAAAGACAUCAGAGAGUUGUCGAUUGAGAAUCAGAACCUUCCCAAUGAGCGAGCUCUGGGGGUUUAUUGGUUUGUGGAAUCAGACAGCUUGGGGUUCAAAGUCAGUUUGCCAAAGCAACCUGCAACACGACGAGGAAUACUUUCUAUCACGAGUUCCGUUUAUGAUCCUCUGGGUAUCGCAGCUCCUUUCGUGUUGAAGGCCAAAAUUCUCCUUCAGAGUCUUUGUCGACGAGACAUAGGAUGGGAUGAAGAGAUCCAGGGAGAAGAUCUUAGAAUCUGGAAUCAGUGGCUCAGUGAGGUGAAAGACCUGGAUCAGCUUAGGAUCAGGAGAUGCUACAAGCCUUCAGGGUUUGGGCAGGUUGUAAGCUGUCAGCUUCACAUCUUUGCAGAUGCUAGUGACGUAGGGUAUGGUGUGGCUGCCUAUCUCCGGCUUUGUGAUGAAUCUGGGCGCAUCAGCUGUUCGCUUGUUACAGGCAAAGCAAGGGUUGCACCUUUAAAGAAGAUGACUAUCCCGCGUAUGGAGUUGACAGCAGCAACCAUCGCAGUUAGACUUGGCAAAGUGCUUACUAAAGAGCUGGACUGCGACAUACACGGCACCUAA